AUGUCUUCCCGACGCUCCUGGUUCAUGGAUGAAGACACCCGAAACAGCCUUUUGAAGAGGUAUCAGACACAAGUUGCCUCCGGGGCAUCGACCAUAUGUGCCACCCUAUCUUUGACUCCCUUGGAGAAUGUCAAAACCCGCAUGCAAACACACAACUUCAAAAAUGUCGGAGAAUGUAUGAAAUACUUAUGGCGUACCGAAGGUCCUCGGGGUUAUGUGGCAGGUGCAUUACCACCACUAAUCAGCGUUACCGUUGUUCGAGUUGUCAAUUUCACUGCCUAUAACUGGACCAAGGUCAAGAUUUCGGACCAGAUGAAGCGUAUGACGGGAACUUCACCAUUGGAGGAAUACUACAAACGAGGCAGCUUGCCGACUUUCAGCCAAUUUUUGACAUUCUCGCUGGCUGGUGGAUUUGCGGGGCUCAUUGCUUCGCCAUUGGCUUGUCCCUUUGAGCUAGCAAAGAACGUCGUCCAGACUUCAGUUCUGGUCUCCAACCGUGAUCAAGCGGCACCUGGUGCUGCUCAUGAUUCAUCACUGCGACACAAACCUCGCCUGGGUACGAUUGGAGCCAUUCAACAAAUCGUCCGGCGAUAUGGAGUUCGAGGCCUAUACACAGGCUUCCGCCUCCAUGUGAUGCGUGAUACCCUCGGAUCGGGCUUUUAUUUCAGCAUCUAUGAGCAUGCGAAGCAGCUGGUGGCGUACCAAAUGGGUCCACGCCAAAAUGGUGAUUCGCGUAUGGGAGCUCCCCUAGUUGCCGGUGCUGUCUGCAGCACCAUUCCUUGGUUUUUGACAUAUCCCCUUGAUACUCGAAAGACUCGUGCACAGAGUAUUUUACUUGGCAAAUCCAAGGAGGUCGGCGAGGCCUCUGUUGCAGCUGCAAAGUCGAGCAUGUACAAGGGAAUCUCAAUCAUCCUCCUCCGCACUAGCAUCAACAACAUGAUCUUGCUGAGCCUUUAUGAGACGAUUAUGGCCAAAAUCCACAAACUCCCUUGA